GAGGCGGGGCGAAGCUUGUUGCUUCGAGAGGUGACGUUCGGUUCCCGGCGCAUGCGCAGACGGGUGUUGAGAAGAUGGUGAUCAUCAAGGAGUACCGUGUGAUCUUGCCAUGCUCAGUAGAAGAGUACCAAGUGGGCCAGCUUUUCUCUGUGGCCGAGGCCAGCAAAAAUGAGACCGGUGGCGGAGAGGGCAUCGAAGUGCUGAAAAAUGAGCCCUACGAAAAAGAGGGGGAAAAAGGACAAUACACGCACAAGAUCUACCAUUUAAAAAGUAAAGUGCCUGGUUUUGUGAAGAUGAUCGCACCGGAGGGGGCUCUAGUAUUCCAUGAAAAGGCAUGGAACGCCUACCCAUACUGCCGUACUAUUGUGACGAAUGAAUACAUGAAAGAUGACUUCAUGAUCAAAAUUGAGACAUGGCACAAACCAGAUAUGGCCUUCAUGGAAAAUGUACACAAAUUAGACCCAGAGACGUGGAAGACUGUUGAAGUGGUGCCCAUUGACAUAGCAGAUAAAUCGCAAGUGGAGCCUGGAGACUAUAAGCCGGACGAAGAUCCUGCACUCUUUCGCUCAGAGAAGACAGGCCGAGGUCCACUAGGUCCAAACUGGAAGGCAGAGCUCAGUGUAAAGACAGACACUCCACGAAUGUGCGCAUACAAACUUGUCACCGUGAAGUUCAAGUGGUGGGGCCUUCAAAGCAAAAUAGAGCACUUCAUCCACAAACAAGAGAAAAGGAUCUUCACUAACUUCCACAGGCAGCUCUUCUGCUGGAUCGACAAGUGGGUGGAGCUCACCAUGGAGGACAUCCGGCGAAUGGAGGCUGAGACACAGAAGGAGCUAGAUGAGAUGCGUCAUAAAGGCAAAUUAAGAGGCACAACAGCAGCUGAAGAUUAGGGGUUGGCCAUCUGAUAGGCUUACAGGUGUAAUGAGAUCCCUUCGUAAAACCGGUCAGGUACGAGGCACCAGUGCUGCUCAUGAGCAAUAAGUCAACACCGAAAGAAUCCAACUGCAAUUUUUUUCCAACGAAGGAAUGACGACGCGACACACAAGCAAUGAUGGCCUGUGGCGUGUUUGAGUCCUCCAGCAGAAUAACCGUCCUAAAUGAUCAGUAAUAGCCAUUUUACUUAGCACACCAAACAGCCUCACACUGACAGAGACUCUCAUCUAUAUCUACUUGCCUAUAACGACUUUAUUGGAGAACUUGUGCUUCAGAUUAUAAAAAUAAAUGGAAUAUUUUUUAGAAGUAAUUAAUGUUUAGUGAUAUUCCUGUAAGCUUCACAGCAGGCAUUGGACCAAUUUUAACCCUCUGAUAUGGCAAUAUACUGAUUAUUAUUUUUUUUUCUCAAGACCCCCUCAACAUUUUCUUUACUCCUCAGAUAAUGCACUUAUGUCAGCAGGAUUGAGGUGUUUUUAUUUUUUAAUAUGUAAUAAUCAUGGUUAUAUGUUUAGCCCGUUAUUUGGUGGAUUUAUUCGCUUUGUCUUUGUUUUGUUCUCGAAAAUAUUAUGCUGUUGCAUGAAGAGAGUAAUCUGCUGUUAGCAUACUCUCUCACACACACACACACACACACACACACACAGUUUGUCAUUUCGUCACAUUGGGUAAAACACACACAGACCACAGAAGCUCUUUGGUUAGUGGUUUUGCAUGAGCGUAGCUAUGCCAUGACAGAGCAAGAGUUUUUUUUUUUUUUUUUUUUCCUGGGUUUUGUUUCAUUCUCCUAUAUGUUUUCCCCUCAGACUGGAGAGCUUCCUGUCCUGAGAGGGGCCUCCGUCCUUGGCUCUGAGUGGAGUGUAGAUUCAAGCAGUUUAUUGAAACUUUGAUUCAUCCAACCAUUCAGAAUACCUACCAGUGCAAUUACUGCUGCUUUUCUUGAGCUCUUAGAGCUAGUGGUAUGCUGCUAGAUCUUGAAUGUCCAAGUGUUCUUUGGUGCUGGUGGAAAUGCUAAAUCAUCCAAUUGUCCUAAAAUGUUUUAGAGCACCUAAACAGCAAAAAUGACUUCUAAGUACCAUGCAUGUAUGUUUAUGCUUCAUAUUUAGAGAUACUACCUGAAACGGGCCUUCUUUGCAAACCUCGUGUCCACUUAAUUUCAGUCUGGCAUCUUAAAUCCCGAUAGCCAGCGUAGCAAAAAGAAACCAAAACAAACCGAAAACCCCCAGUGGUUAGCUUCCUUGCACUGGUGACACAAGAGACUGACCCUGCUUUACAGGGUUUUUUUACUUUCUCUAUGUGCUUUAAAUAGUAUGUGUACAGUUUUCUAUCAUAAAAACUUUAAAAGAUUUGUGAUAUUACAUUUCAUUAUAUUUACAGAAAGGUGAGAUUGAGACACGCAUCUGAACAUACAUUUUAACUGUAGAUAUCCGGUUUUCUAUUUUGUAGACUGUAUAGUGAACCUCUGGGUUUUCUGAACAGCUGAAGGUUAGAUUUCAGAAGCAAAAGUGCACCUGAUGCUCUGUUACCCUCCCAACUGUCUCACUUCUCCCCCUAUUGGUAUAUAACCAGACAUUUAUUGAAAGACAUGAUUAAUUUGAAGAGAAUAUUUUUGACACAAUCAGUUACUCUGUGCAUUCUCAUAUUGUACACCCCCCCUCCCCAUUUUUUAUUUUUAUUAUAAUUUCUUAAAAUAUAACAAGCAGACAUUUUUACAUUUCUCUGUUCUCUGAAUGUUGAAUAGAUUGCUGAAGUUGGCAACAUUUCUUUUCAGGUUUUGUCACUAGGCGAGCGCCAGCUUCAGUGCCAUUAACUGUUUUGCUUGAAUGCAGAAACUUCUCAUUUGUUUUUGUGUACCAUUUAAGCACAGAGAAAGCCAUGAGAAAAUUUUUCGAAAUCAGGAUUGAACGGUGCACUGUACGUGUGUAUCAGAAAAGCUUUACAUGAGACUUCAGUAAGCAGUUACUACCAUGCAGUCACAGAGUUACUCGUCAACUAUUCUGUUCACUUGUAUACACUGAAACACUCGUUGAAUAGCUGGAGAGAGGGAACAUGAGGGUGGUAGACAUGAUGUAUGAAUUUACUGUAUGUAUACUGUAAUCAUGUGGUCACGUAAGAUAUGUAACUUUCAGGGGAAAUAUCAGUGAAUGUACAAUUAAUGCUUUUUUUAUUCAUGUUACAAUUGGAUAAAAGUCUAAAUAACGAAACUGAAUAUGUAUAAAUACUGAAUAAAUUUCUCAAGUCUCUUUUCCCAA